AUGGAGCCAAACACCGACAUGCUCUCGCUGGACGAGUGGUACACGCAGCUAGCACCCUUAACAGAGAAGCAGCGUAUCUCUGUAAGUCGCGUGUCUGCGUGGGUUUCUGAGUCUUUGGGGAAAGAUAAUGAGCUUGACGAGGGCACAGGGAAGAAUACACAGCCUGUAGCGCAAGCUUCUUCUUCCAGCACGGCGGCUUGGAUCUCGGCCGUGGCAGCCGAGCUGUACGAUUUGCCCAAUGUUCAAUAUGUAAAACAGCUUCAGACACUGUGCGACAGCAUUAAUAGCCUCGAUUCCCUUGUCGAGCAAGUGGAAACGGCGCAAGGAUAUACCAACGAGCUGUGCACCGGGCUUCAGUUUGUAAAGGAGAACUCGCAGCAGUUGCUUGAACGCACAGGAGACCUGCUUAAAGAGCAGACGGAAUUGGAUAUGUUGUGCGCCGAAUUAAACCUGCGUCUCUCUUACUUUUCAGUGUUGCCUCGAGCAACGGCCAUGAUCGGUUCUGCGGCGCCAGGUAUUGUGGAAAAGAGCGAUUUCUUGGAUACGCUCAAACGACUCGAGCUUGCACUGCAAUUCAUGUCUACACAUGCACAGUAUGCAGAUGCGCAACUGUAUCAGAUGCGCAUCGUUCAUUGCUUGUCGCGUGCUACAUCGAUGAUUAAGCACCACUUUGCCAAUGUCGGCAGCGCGCGGCUGGCCAUAGCCAUGUCGCACCUUUCCGAGUUAAAACAAACACACGAUGCUGCACCGUCCAAGGAUACGUUGGGUUUGGAGCACAUGAGAAAUGCAGCGUAUCAGGAUUUUGCUUCGCUGCAAGCUACGUUCAAGCCAUUAUUCCAAGCGCUCGAGCAAAUGAAGGCGCUCGAUUCGAGCUCUGCUACACCGACGGCAGACGCUGACGAGUUUGCGCACACACUGCGCGAUUGUGCCAUGCUUUACUGUGGAUGGCGGUCUCGUCUUGUCAAGGAAGCAUUGUGCAUCUGCCUUGAGCGGAACAGUGCUUUUGAAGCGAAACAGACCGUCAAACUUGCGCACUCUUUUGCAUCUCUGGAAAUUGCCAUGUAUUCCACUUUUUUUGCGUUGUGCCCUGAUGAUGCAUUUGAAGAUGCGCCACUUUCACAGCUUUUCAUCGACAUGGGCGAGAUACUGCAAGAGUUUUUGACAACGCACCUAGAUACCACCUCCCCGGCUUCUUUGGCAGCCCUGUGCAAUGCACUUCAGUCCAUGGGAGCACUCCCAUGUGAACCGUCCCCUAUAGGAGGAGAGGCCACGACGGCGCCAGAAGACACGAUGCAGCGUUUGGCAUUUGCAUUGAUCCAGCCUACGCUACAAGAGCUGAGCUCGCGCCUUGUACACAGUGCACAAGCGUCUAUCAAAUCUGAAAUCGUGCUCUUCAAGCCCACAGAACAAGACCUGGCUUACCCUGCAUGUCUAGCCGAGAAGCAGGCAAUGCUCAUACGAGACCAGGCAGAGAUGGCUCGCGCAACAAGAGGGCGUGUGGGGCACCACGUCAAGCGCGAGUCUUCCGUCGGUGCGGGUGUUUUGGAAGCGAUCGUCGGCGAUGCGCGCGCGAACAGCAGCGCAAAAUUGUUUAUGCGGCCACCGCAGUCGGUAUACCAGUCGUGGUAUGCGCCCGUGCGAACAACAUUGGACCUUUUGGCGAUGUUGCACACGCAUAUCUCUGUGGAAUCAUUUGCAGACAUUAGCGCGAAGUGUAUCCAAGGCGCUCAGGAAAGUGUGCACGCAGGAGGAACAUUGCUAAAGGAGGGCAAAUUUGGAUCGGCUGAUGGCGGUGUACAAUCUAUGGAUGGAUUUCUCUUUGAGCUUCGACACCUGUUUGUAUUGCAAGAGCUGCUGUACUCUGUUCGUAUUGCGCUACAGACAAGCGAGAGCAGUUCAUUGAACAAUGUUCCUGCGAUGAAGCUGCAAGACACAAGUACCUUGUUUGGCGUCCGCAUGGUCGAUGUUGGCACAGUGCUUAGCACGAUCAAUAUGCUCUGGGGCGCGAAGAGUAUGCUUACAUACAAGACAGGGGAUGACACCUCGACUGUCGACAAAGAGAAUAGACACGGCGUUCUGGAUGCCACAUACACAAAGCUGAAUACGUCCAUCAUGGAAACGUCGGCACAGUUGUGCGAUAUUACGGCCGCUAGCUUUGCCCUUCCCCUCGAUAUUUAUCUCCAGUCCGCACCCGUCCCUUUUUCUCCUGAAAAGGCAAACGCGGCGUGGGAUACAUUUCUUCAGAGCAUGGCUGUGAACUCGGGUGAAACUGCAGAAAAGCUGGCAUUGUACAUUAGCGACCAAGACACUGCGAAGCUCUUGCUGGAAAACAUUGUGAAUGGGGUCGUGCAAGAGUAUACCAAGUUUGAGAAAAACGUGCAAGUCGGUCUACAAGGCCUCGACGCUGCACAGCGCGCUGGCGACACAGCGGCAAAGCUUGCGUCGCUAAACAGUGCUGCGAGCGUGCAAGACAUGCUUUGGAGCAAACUUCUGUUAAAAACGCCUAGUCCCAUUCUGUAG